CACUCAAGAGGGUAGAACUCUUGACCCUUCCAUUUGCUCCACAACACAACAAAAUCAAACAUUUAACAGUCGGCCUCUGUCAUGUUGAUUCACGGUCGCAGUGGAGGAGCAAGAUAAAGAAAAUACCCUUACCAGAGCGAAAUCAAAUCAUAAACCAUAAGUCGUUAGGGGUCACGUGACAUCAACCCAAGCCAUGUGCAAGCUCUAUGCUUUCGCAUUCAUUCUCGUCUCCGCGGUUCUCUUCUUUGAAGUACAGGGCCGGGUGUUGGGCCGGUUUCGACGGAGUGGCACGGGCCUUCCUCACGCCCAGGCUGUGUACAGUAGGUAUAAGAAGACCUCAAAAGGGGAGGCUACGUACUAUGGCGAGUACCCAGGGGGCGGCGCAUGCUCCCUAGACCCUCUGUCACCGCUGGCCAGUCAGCCUGGAUGGAUCAGGGUGGCUGCAGGGUAUGAAGAUUUCCAGGGAAGUCUUGGGUGUGGCAUGUGCCUGGAGAUCAAGGGUUCCGGCAAAGGGUCGGGGUCGGAUCCCGUCACCGGGACACUAAAGGGCGUGGUUCAUGACUUGUGUGGUGGCUGCAAACAAGGUGAUCUUGACUUGUUCGUUCCCGGUGAUGGGCGCUGGGACAUCACCUUCACCGCUAUCGAUUGCCCCACGGUACCAGGAAACGACGGCAACUUGAUGCUGAGGUUCACUGGAAGUGACCCCUGGUACAUCAAGCUGCAGGCCAGGAACACCAGAGUCCCCGUUGCUGGAAUUGAAGUGGUGAAGAAUAACAAUAUAUCGUGUCUACUUCGAGUCGGCGAUAAUUAUUUCGUGGGGAAAAGCCAAGGGGUGUUUGAUUUUCCCAUGAAAGUGAGGCUGACGGCGGUGACGGGGGAGCAAAAGGAGGUUACCAUUCCGUCUUUGAAGAACGACGAGAAUGUGAUCACAGACGUGCAGUUCACGGGACACAACACUGGAGACGGACCGGACAAUAUCAAAUGCAUGGGACAGGGUAACAAGCCGCCCUACCCGUCAGGAGGCAUGGCGCCAGGAGAAGGCUCCGGUCCUAGUUCUCCCUCUACUGGAGCCACGCCCGCACCGCCUGCCCCCACCACUUCACCACCAUCAUCCGGCACUGGAGGAACAGGAGUUAGGCCGACACCACCAAUCCGUGACAACUUCUGCGAGGGCAAACAUGGCGGCACCUUUCCGGAUCCCGAUGACUGCCGUGGCUUUAUUAUCUGUAACCAUGGCAACACCCACCGCAUGAAGUGCGAACCGGGCCUGAUGUUCAACCCCAAGGGAAUGAACUGUGACCUCCCAGAGCGUGUCAACUGCGGCGCCAGGAAACAAGACGAUCUGAUUUCACCAGCUUUUAAACUCUCUGAUCAAGAUACGGUCGUGAAUAUGGGUAGGGGGGACAUGGGCGUGGUCAAUAUGAAGGAGUUCGAGAGCGCUUCCACUCCGCAAGAGGUAGAGCCUAUCCCUGUAGAGGAACGACUAAAGAAUCGUAACUUUGGGCAGAUGGCGAACGCGGCAACCCAGCAGGCUAGAAUUAUGUCGCAAGCGGUAAAUGACAGCGAGGAACAUCAUCAAUCUUUUAUGCCAACAAUUAAGUUGACCCUUCGACCUGGGACAGCCGGGGCUCCCCCUGCUACAGACUUCGCGGGUGUGACACAAUCACAACAGGAGCCUCUAGGAGUCAACACAGAGUCUAAACAGGUCUCUCACCAUUCCUCCUCGUUUCAUGUAAACAUCGGAGGUAACGAGAAAAGCGACGAUAUGCAAUACAGCGAUGCCCCGAAGCACGUUGUCAAAGUUCAAAUUGGGGGGAACAAAAAGGAGAGCGAUAGCCAAGUCAACGAUAAUGUGGAUGGCAAGGCGAGACCGACGCUUGAGGUCUCCUUUGGCGGCAGUAAGAUUCAAGCACAUGUCGAACCAGGUAAAACCGCUGGUUCAAAAAUCGCGGAUGAGAGCUCGAGCUUGUCGAGUGGAAGGCCUUCGGUUGUUGUGUCAGUCCACCAUCCGAGGCCGAGCGGAACAACGGCAGGCUUGAACGACGCGAGUUCCGAAUCAAAAGGACAGCAGACUCCAAUUAACGUCUUCAUCAACACGAAGAAAGCUCAAUCGGGAUAUUCAAUGGACCAAAAUGCUCAUGAUUUUGCUACAGAAAACAAUCAAGUUCAGAAACUAGAGGACCAUACGGCUACCCCUUUAGUCUCUAAGGAAACGGAGAGCUCAGGUGACCAAAAGGAAAAGUCCAAUGAUAUGGCUCCAGUGGCUUAUCACCCCGACCCAUUUUGUGCCCAACAAGCAACGUGUAACGAUAUUGGAGCAGUGAACAACGUUGUGAGCCAGGCCCUGGGGCCACCAAACUCUGCAGUUAACUUCCCCAUUCAGCUCCUGAGCAGUGCUCCCACACACGCAGACGACAAUAAGUUAUCUUUGGGAACAGAAGGGAAAGGACUUGAGGGACGUCCUGCUUUGACUGAGCCCGCUUUUGAACAAAGCAAGUCUGCUCAGGGUUUGGGGGUCAUACCUUCCACAAGCUCUGAAUCAACGGCGACCGAGUCACAGACAGAUCUUCAGCCUCUAGAACUCCCAAGUGAUCAAGCAAAAAAAUUAGGGAAGAAAAUUGAAGAAUCGACUGUGCCUGGAAUUAGCAAUGAAGGUAACGUGAAUACAGAUGCUGGAACCUCGCAGACGGAAUUUCCAAGUGAGAAAUCAAAGGAAAACUAUCCGGCGGAACAGAAACAAAGUUUAGGGACGGAAGAAAUACCAGACAUUGUACCAGACACAAGCCCGCAGAACUACCAAGGUGUCUACAUCUCAGAUAUCCCUCCAAAACAAGCACAGAGCACGAUACAAGAACAGAAUCGCCCGCUGGAAUCAUACCUUAAAGCCGUGGCAGCACAUGUUAUGUCCCAUAUGAUAAACCCAAGCGUGCAAAGCGUCGUAAAAGGAUCAGUGGACGCUAGUAGUCCAGUACAGGGAACAAGUCAGAUGGCUCCUAGUGAUGCGAACGGUUUACCGCCAAUGGUGCAUCAGAGGACUGAUGAUCUGACUCAGGACGAUAAGAAGAAAGAAGAAACAGAUGGCAAAGAGGACAAGGGAGCUAAAGAAGAAGAAAAGGGCAGCAAUGAGAAAGACGAGAAAAAUACAAAGGGAGAAGAAAAAGACAAAGGAAAGGAGGACAAAGGUAAAGAUGGAGAAGAGAGAAAAGAAAAAGAAAACAAACAUGGCAAGGUAGAGAAGGGAAACCAAGACGGAGAAGGAAAAGAAAGAAAGGACGAAAAAGACAAAAAUGGGGAAGAUGGAAAAGGAGAAGAUAAGGAUAAGGAAGAUAAAAAGGGAAAAGAUAAAGAAGACAAUGAAAAGGAACAGAAGGAAGAGAAGGGAGACAAAGACGGAGAAGGAAAAGAAAGAAAGGACGAAAAAGACAAAAAUGGGGAAGAUGGAAAAGGAGGGGAUAAGGAUAAGGAAGAUAAAGAGGGAAAAAAUAAAGAAGACAAUGAAAAGGAAAAAGAAAAGAAAGGAAAAGACGAGAAGGAUGAGAAAGAAGGUAAAGAAGGUAAGGAAGAUAAGGACGAGAAAGAUUCAGACGGAUCAAGUCAGAGGCCAUCUUUAGAUCUUGUUGUACAACAAGCGAGCGAUGGGUCCACCGAGCUUCAAGUUACAGGGAACCACAUGAACAACCAGCAAAGAAAUGGCAAGUUGAUGGAUGGACAAAAAGGCAAUAAGAUGCCAACGAUCGGGAUUACGAUAAAAGGAAAGGGAGGACCGGACCAUCACAUUCUUUUCAGCAAGAGACACGGAAUGCUAGACCAUAAAGGGCAUCACACGCAUCACCAUGAAUAAUAUCAAUAAUACUCUCAGGACCAGACUCGAGGCUAAGGCACAGACAGGAUAUAAGAGCCAUAGGAUGUUAGAUAAUUAAUAUCGCCUUUUAUACUCGAAGGCUUCUAAAAAAUAAGGCUUGUAGUCUCGAGGUUAAGCACAAGCAUAAUAUAAAAGAAAUAGAAUGCUAGAUUAUUAAGAUCGCCAUGGACACUUGGCGGUUGAGGCGUAAGCAAAGACAGAAUAAGAGACAUGGCAUGCGGAACAGAAAGGAUAACAAUAUCAAUUUCCCUCGUCCUUAUAGCCUCCCUCGCAGGCGUUUUUAGGCAGGCGUCGCUCGCUCCCCUCCCCUUUGUGUGUGUGGGGGGUGUCCUUACAGCCUGUUUGCCAUCCAAUAAACCAAGCGAUGCAUAUUCACCUUUCACUUUCUUAUCUUCAUCAUGAUAAUCGUCACUAUUAUCCUCCUCGUGAUUACAUCAUUAUCUUUAUCAUAAACAUCAUAUAGAUAAGUUACACGUGAACUAAUAACUAAAUCAUAGUUUUGAUAUAAAUCGUAUUCUGGAUUCGAAAUAAAAAAAGGAAUACACACGUCGAGUACAAUUUGAACAAUGGUUAGAGAUACAAAGUAGUAGAUGAGGUUAGAGAUACAAAGUAGUAGAUGAGGAAUUCUGUCCGGAAAAUUAUAAAA